AUGGCCCCUAGAAGCAGAGCUUUACCUGAUAUCAACAACCUAACCCAACUUUAUACCCUGCUUAAUUCCUCCGUUCCCUUGGCCCAAACCAUUCAUCCCUCCGCAAUCUCUCCAACCCCUUCCUGUAGCAUAGAUGAGUCCUACAAGUACAUCUUUCUACCCAUGUGUUAUUCCUUCACCUUCAUCUUCAGCAUCUCCCUGAACUCUGUCAUUCUUUACCGCUCCUUCCAACGGACAAAGCGAUGGAAUGCCUCAUUGAUCUACAUGGUUAACCUGGCCUCCACAGACUUCAUGUACGGCUUUUCACUGCCGUUUCUUAUUGCUAGCUACAUAAUGCAUGACCGCUGGAUCUUUGGAGACUUCAUGUGCCGAUUGGUCAGAUUUCUCUUCUACUUUAACCUUUACUGCUCCAUCUUCUUCCUCACCUGUAUUUCUGUCCAUAGAUACCUGGGCAUCUGUCACCCAAUGAGGACUAUUACGCUGGAGACCAAGAGGGCAGUGAAGUGGACUUGUGUCCUUAUUUGGGGUGUAGUGUUUGCUUUGACCUGCCCUAUUUUCCGGUUCGCUCAGACUGGUAAUGUGGCUCGACUGGCAGGGGCUGGCAAUGACACAAGUGUUGGGGGAUCAAACCUUGGACAAUCAUUGAUAAGCAGUAGUGAUAGACACGGUAAUUUGGGAGAGGUAGUCGAAGUGUACCAGAACUGCUGGGACGAUGCCAUAGAUAAGGAGUUUUCUGACUAUGUGCCCUAUGGAAUCAUCCUCCAUUUGUUGGGCUUCUUUGUCCCAUUUUCAAUAAUUGCCUGGUGUUACUCUCAUGUUGUUCUCACCAUAUUCAGGACACUACAUUCCCAGCCCCUUACACAUGGGGAGGAAGAAACAUUAGCAAGGGAGGAAGCAAGAGAAGAAGGAGGAGCGGCGGGGAGAGGCAGCAGAACUGAUGUAGUUGGGGGAAGGGAAAGAAGAAGCGCUGAACAAGCAAGUGUGAUAACAAAAGUACUUGGAAGAGAUGCAGGCAUUUCAAUUUACUUUGGGGCUAACUCUCUGUAUGCUCAUCGCCGGCGCAAAUCUAUUAAGACUAUUAUCACCAUCACCUUUCUGUUUGCGCUCUGCUUCUUCCCCUUCCAUGUAACCAGAACCAUCUUCCUCAUCCUCAAAGUGACCAAAGCAGUCCCCUGUAACACUAUGACCAUGGUAUCCAUGUGCUACAAAAUCACGAGGCCAUUGGCCUCAUUCAAUGCAUGGCUCAACGCUCUACUUUACUUCUUGACUAAAGAGACAGGUGGCGCUCACUGUUGCAAGACACCAAAUAAUGCUCAGCAAAACAGCGGGCUGCUCUGGCCAAUCAGGAUAAUGGGAAAGGCAGGAGAAGCAGGGCACGGAGGUGAGGAAGAAGGAAUUGAUGAUAGGGAGGGCAAAGAAAUGAAUACAACAUCAGUGCACAUACACAGACAACUGCGCAAGGUCAGAUAUACUUUGGAAUAA